AUAUGUAGCAGCCGUUACGGAGGCCCGAGUCUGCUUUAGUUUUAUCCUCGCAUCCUCGGCGGACGGGUCACUCUGUAACACCCCAAACAAAUCAAACCAAAUCACCAUGGCCGUUGCUAAUCUGUUAAAGUUGGCGGUACUCUUAAUCAGUUUCUUUGGAUACCUGACGGGAAGUCAACAACCAUCAGAAGAUACUCCAUCUGCUGUCCACAAUUACAGAAACAAACGAAGCAUUUACCUGAACUCCAAAGCCCCAAUUCUAAUCGCUGCCUAUAUUACGAUUCCCAUUUCGGUGGCUCUUCCGGCUCUAAAAGGCCGUAGCGCCCGAUCGCAAACCGAUUACAAUGUGACCCAAGUUCCUUAUUCUUACGACGACCCGAAAUUCGCACCCCAACUGCAAAAAAUCGACGUCUACAUGGACUACCUUGAGAUUCCGGAUGACAUGUGCCGACAGCGUUUUAUCUGCGAAGUCGCUUCAUCUCCCACUGCCUAUUCUCCUCUGUACAACGUCUUUAAAAAACAAUUGAGCUUCGAGUUGGAGGUAAAGAAAUCCUACUCUAGUCGCUACUUCCGCUACUUCAACGCCCUGCAGGAAGGCAAAAGGUCGGCGACUGAACACGCGGACGAUAAAAGCGCCGGUUGUCGGAUACUGUACGGCACGUGUCCCAACGACAUUGAAGAAAUGAUCAAUAUGGACGUGUUGCACAUCAUGCAAUUCUUGACGCAAAAAUUCAAAAUCGAGUUCGCUGACACAACGGCCUAAUAAUUUCCCGAGUUAAUUUUCACCCUAUUUAUUAUAUUUAUUUGUGUUAUUGCUGUUAUCUCUUGCCUGCUAUUUACACGCUUAUUAGCCAAUAAUACAUCGGUAAAUAUACCAA